UUUUUAUCAAUAACAAUGUAUUUAAAACAAAAAGAUUGUUUUGGAUAAAGUUUAAAAAUUACUAAAGUUUAUGUUAAUACUUUUUAAUAAUUCUUAUCACCUCGCGCACACGAACCUGAUUGGACAACAUUGAAGUACAUCACAUACGGUCGGCAUAUCGGAUGCGGUGUAGUCGCACAAGUUCAAGUUUUUAACGGAUCCAACGCUCAAAACGGAGCCGCAGAUGGUCGGCACCUCACGCAGGGACCUGGCGACUCUCCAUAGGAAAUGAAUGACUUCCGGUUUACCUGCGGUCGUUUGUCGUGUGCAGUGUGAAGGCGGCUUGAGAGUGAGUUGAACGCACCACACCAUGGCUGAGCAGGAGUUCCAGAAGAUCGGAGACAAGCUCCUGUCCUACAGAGGAUUCGUCUUUCCUACUUCCAACAAGGACAGUUUUACACAGUACAAAGACAGUGCGAAGACGUUCCAGAUCAGAGACGAUGAUGUUUAUGUCAUUACAUUUCCUAAAUCUGGUACGGUUUGGACUCAGCGCAUCAUAACGCUGCUGUAUGAGGACGAGUUUCCGGAGGCUGUGGAGCAGACUUCAUACGACCGUAUGCCCUGGUUGGAGUUUCCUCAGAAUGGGGAGGAUUAUAGCACUCGUCGCUCCCCCCGGCUCUUCUGCUCUCACCUCCAUGAGGACAUGGUGCCCCAUGGCCUACAGGACAAAGGAAAGAUCAUCUAUGUGACCAGGAACCCCAAAGACAUCAUGGUGUCCUACUUCCACUUCAGUCACUACCUGAAGCUUUUAGAGUGUUUAGAGACGCACGACGAGCUGAUGGAGAAAUUCUUUAGUGGGCGGAUGCUCGGAGGCUGCUGGUUUGAUCACAUCAGAGGCUGGUACACCAACAAAUACAAGUACAACAUCCUGUUCCUCAGCUAUGAGGAGAUGAUAAGGGACCUGAGAGGAGUCGUGGUGCAGAUUUGUACGUUUUUGGGGAAGAACCUGUCAGAUGAUGUCAUCGACAGCGUGGUGAAAAAAUCCAGCUUCAACUACAUGAAGAAAGAUCCCAAAGCCAACUAUGAGAGUUUACCUGAUGAUAUGGUAGAUCGUAAGAAAGGACGCUUCCUACGCAAGGGUACAGUAGGAGACUGGAAGAACUCUCUGACAGUGACACAGAAUGAACACUUUGACCGUGUUUAUAAGGAACAGAUGAAAGACCUGCCACUGGACUUUGUGUGGGACAUCACUCACAUACACACAUAACACACACACACACACAGUAAUGGUAAUGGGGACACACCUUUCCCAUUGUCAUAGAGAUUAAUAAGUAAUGUAGAAGCUAUUUGUCUAUUUUUGUUUGUGUAAUGUUAAAAUUUAGUUUAUUUGUUAAGUAGUUUAUUUUUUGGCCUUUUGCGUUAAUUUACGUUAUUUAGAAUGUUUACUCUUUUUUUUUUUUGGUAUUUUUCUAAUUGGAUUGGUUAGUAUUUCUUUUGUAUUGGGUUAGGCCAUGUGCACCUAGGGGACAAAAGGGGUUCAGUUGUUUCAGCCCAGAAUGCACCUGAAUGUGCCUGAGGUUUUUUACCUGUUUGUCCAGCCAGUUGCGGACAAGGAGCAGGAGACCCAAAACCUGCAAACCUUCUAAUAAAGCUCACCAAAUGCA